AAGAACCUGAGAUGUGAAAGAAACAGCAAAGAAGACAGAAACCACUGCAUAAGCUGCUUUGCACUUUAAAUCCCUAUAAGAGCCUCAGAGCUUCAUCGACAGAAACACUUGGCUUGCAGUUAAAAGACCGCCUGAAGCACUCACUUGGCUCAGCUUGCAACACAGCCUUCCAGCUCGUUGACAAAGCCCUCCGUCAAGACUUAGCCAUGAAGUUCAGUGUGCUCUUCUUCUGCCUGUUGCUGGCUUGCCUAUAUCUCAGCAUGGCACAAGGUUCCUACGAGAACUGCUGUCUGAAAUAUGUGCAUCGUGUUAGUAAGACGGUAAAAAAAAAUAUAAUUGAGUACAGGAGACAGAAAACCGAUGGAGGUUGCAAUCUUCCAGCCAUUGUGUUCAAGAUGAGGAACCGUAAGCUGUUCUGCGCCAACCCAAACGAAAAAUGGGUGGAGGACGUAAUAAAUAAAAUCGACAGGAAGAUUAAAAGGGGGACCAAGAAGAAUUCUGGCUAAAGCUGGAGUGACAGUCCAGAUGUUUCCAGCAUCUGUAAAUCACUUUCAGCGCUACUGUCUUUUGUAGCAGCUGGAGUGAUCGCAUUGAUGGUAAUUAAGAUGCUUUGAUCCACCACUUUUCCUUUGGGGCUUCUGCCUUCCAAGGAGUCCUCACACAGGGUCUCUCUUGUCUCCAUGCUUUUUCCAGACUCUGCUGGCCUACUAAGCCAUGCCAAGAUAACAACAAACACUCCUGACUGAUAUCACAAUAACAGCUAACAGACAAUCACUAGAAGUCUGAACUAGGGGUGUAUACCGUAUAUCAGUGGAAGACCUGCCUAAUGCAUAUAUCUCGCAGCUCUGCUUUUGCAAUCCAUUUUUUGAUGUGAACGUUCCUAUUUAAAAGUACACGUCAAAGUAAUUAAUGCACACACAUGGAGCAAGCAGUGUAUUAAGCAUUGCAUGUGUUAGACAUGUCCUUAUUAUGCAUAUAUACUAAUGUGAAAUAUGUCAUUACAUGCUUCUGACAGUAUAUCCUUGCAUUCGUCAUGCAUGUUCUACAAGUGGGGGAAAAAACGGCUGCUGGAUAUAUUUUGUUCUUGAACGAAAUGCUUAUUUGCUGCUGUGGUAUUAAUUCUGUUUUAAUGAACAAUAGGCAUUGAUUAGAGUCAAGGAGGUUGAAAUGUGGAUUGCACUGCUUAUAAAAGGUAUUUACAGAUUAAACAGCUAAUUAGAUUUUUUUAAAGCUCCGUUUCUGUGUUGAUUGAUUGGCCAUCUUCUUACCACACCUGUAGUCAAGCUCUUGUUUUCCUCAGUUGGAUGUUAAAUGUUGUACUGCUAUGCACCAGCAGAGAAAAGCAAUUUAUCACAGCAUUCCUUGAAGUACUGGAAUGCAGGAGUCCAAAACACAUGGUGACAGAUUGAACCACAGGGAGUCAAAGUCUCCUUUUUGUGGUCCUAUUGAAAUUUCAGUGGCUUCAUUGCUCCAAAACAUUAUCUCAUCAUUGCCACAAUGUCAUCACUUGAUCUAUUCCAAACAUCAUCAAUAAUAUUUGAAUUAUUAUUUCAUUACCAGAUUUUGAAUACUAUAAAGGCAAGCAGGGGCAAGCAGAUAGAAAGGUGGCUCUUUAGCAAUAUGGUUACACUGGGUCCCGGUUAAUGUUACUCUAGAGCAGGAUCGAGAAACAAGUCUUUUCCCAUCUAGAAGGGACAUAACUGACAAAUGGAGCCAAGAAAAGCCACUUAAAUUCAUUUAAGAGGUGUAUAAAAGUUAGCCGAUGCAGAAAUCUAGAAAUUAUAAAAAUAAUAAGAUCAUAAACAAAAGAAAUAAAGGACCAUCCUCAAAUUACUUGCAUCCAUACGCUCAAACAAUUUCUAUCAUUUUGUAUUAAGGUUUCUAACAUCACUGGCUGCUAAUCCAUAAUUCUUAGAUGUGGUUUGGAGGGGAAGAGGGUUUAUCUGCUGUUGUUAACUUUGUAUAAGUUUGUAUACUGUAUAUAUAUUGUAGUCAUUAUUGUACUGAAAAAGCCAAAUGCUUUAUUUUUGUAUUAACCAAAUAGGGAAUAACAGAGAAUGCGACCAGGCUGCAAUGUUCAAAGUGUAUGUCAACCAAUCCUGUGACAUUUCAGUCAGUGUGUAUUUGAAAAGGUGAUUGUGUGUUGUGCGCUUGUAUUCCAAUAAGCCUGGUAAAUGAAUGGUUUCUGAGUGCCUGCUAUUUUUGAGCCAAAAGAGUGCAGCUUUGCAUUAAAAGUAUAUAUUCUUUGAGUUUUUGUUCUACUAUAAAUUUUGUUUCAAUAAAAUGCAUUUCAUUUUUUGUCAUGAA